UGUGGGAAAUCAGUCAGUGGUGGAGCGCAAUCGAGUGAGGAGUUCUGCGUGCGUUCAGUGGAAAUGUGUGGUCGGAUCGAGUUGAUUCCAUUCGUGAGUGUCGGCCAGUGGACGAGGCGUUGAACUUCAGUCGGGCCGAACGUGAGUGAAAAGCUAAUUUGGCAGCGGAACCGCCGCGAAUCAAAGGAACGUCCUCUCGCCAGUCCGGACCCAGUGACAACGCACUUCCGCUUUGUGUUUUGCUUCCUGUCUCGGCGCGUCCUGAGUCCUUGCGCUUCCCACCUUUCCAUUGUGCACUCUCCGUGCCGAAAUCUGUUGUCGCCAGAUUUCCAUCGGAAGCGCCUUCGCGGAACGAAGGACACUCCGGAUCAGCUGGAGAUCUAUAAAACGGUUGAAGGUGUGCAUCCCGGGGGGCGGCACGGAAAGCGCCCCGUCCCCGUCGAGUGUUUGUGCCUGGCCGCGCUGUCACAGGAAUCGGGAAGAGUUCCGGGUGCCCAUGCCCUCCGAGUCCGUGGUGCCGUGGAAGUGAUUUAUUUAUCAGCGAGCGCGCGAACGUGGAAGGCAGCGGCGGAGUGAUUGUUGUCUGCCGCCCGUCCGCCUGUGUGCCGCGCCGCGCCGACCGGGUCUAGAGUGCCGCAAGUGAUAACACGGCGAAGGCAAAACGCGCAAAGAGAGAUCCAAAACAAGAAACCAGCGAGGACGGCGGCACCGCAAAGCCACGGCAAGAAACUGUCGCCGCGCCCGCCCGUCUUCUGCGGAAACAACAAAUAACUCUGUCAAUCAUUGGCGCUUAGCAAAAAAGAUUGUUUUUUAUCGUUAUCGGGGCCGCGUAGUGUUUUUCAGGGAAGUCUCGCGUAGGCGAGAUAACGACGUUUACUAGCGACCGCGCAGUGUUUACCUGCGGGGGUUGAGCGGGGCAGUGCGAGGCGAACGGCUUGUGCCCUACAUUCCGCGGCAGGGCGGCGAACGCCAUCGCAAGGACCCUUCCGCGCUUCCGGGUCGUGUUUGUCGGCGGCGCUCUGUGCCGUGCCAGUGAAUCAUUCGGCGGCCGUCAGCCCACGAACAGCAAAAACAUCGUAAACAUGCAAAUGAUGCGAAAUGUUUGUGUCCGAGAGCUGUGAACGCUUGAGAGGUGACGACGACCACGCGUCCUGCCCUGCAGCCACCCCCGUCUACUAGCGCUGCUCGCCUGUCUUUUGAUGAAUGGUGCGCUCCCUUCGCGGCGGCUGGCAUCCCGUGGGCGAAGACACUGAGUCGGCACCGAGCCGCAGCCUCCUUUUUCGUGGACCAGUUUUCAGAUGAAACGCAGCGACUACAGAUACUAAGGAAAAAUGGCGGGAAACAUUGUUAAAUGGUGGAAACACAAAAUCCUCGGCGGCUACAAGCAGUUUUCAGUCCUCCAAGAGUGCACAACCGAUUCGGAGGAACUAAUUUACCCGGUGCGAGCGCCCUCAUCAUGCAGCGCACCGCCUGACUUACUAAUGGUCAGCGAUCGAGAAACCGUUCAGCUAAAACAAUCCGUGAAUAUAAUUUCGGCGUCGAAGGGCCAUCACCAUCAUAGCGGUCAUAAUCAGUCGCAGCAGCAACAGCAACAAUCGCAGUAUUCACAUCACUCACAAAACCAUCAGUCCGUUCAUCAUAAUCAUCAUCAUCAACAAAAAGACCAUCACAGCAAGAAAGCAGCAGCGGUUCUAGUAAAUAAAAACCAGGAAAGUCCAUUAGUGGAUAUAGAAAGCGGCGAACUGAAUGGUGGCGGAAAGGCCGGAGAUGAAAGAAUCAGACUGGAGGAAUUCACAUGCGACGUUUCAGUCGAAAGUGGCAAAUCAUCGCAACCUCUACAAUUUUCUUUCACAUUUUACGAUUUGGAUGGUCAUCACGGGAAAAUUACAAAAGACGAUAUAGCCGGCAUUGUUUAUACAAUUUAUGAGUCAAUAGGAAAAUCGGUUGUUGUUCCAUAUUGCGGUAGCAAAACAAUAAAUGUUCGACUGACGGUGUCGCCCGAGGCAAAAUCAAAAUCCACAUCGGGAGGCAGCAAACUGAAAAAGAUUAACACUCCGGGAGGAGGUGGUGGCGAAGGAGGUGGAAAUGAUGUGGGUGGAUCAGCACCGCCAACUAGCCGGCAUCAAUCAUCAUCGGCAACAAGACGGCAGCAUCGAUAUAGACCGCGAAAACUCAUAAAGUCAGAUGAAGAGGAGGAUGAUGCUGAAAGUGACAGUGAAAAGGAAGUCAACAAGAAGGUUAUGAGCUCAAGCAAUAGUAAAUCGAAUCAUAAUCAUCUCGAAUCGAAGCUUUGUUGUACGGAUGAUGUCUCAAGACAACAUUCCGCACAUUCUUCACAACAGCAUCAGCAACCUUCGACUAGUUGUAAAUUUCAGCCACUUAACAUCAGCGAAAAUAUCUAUGAAAGUGUUAGCAAUCUCAAAUUCAAUGGAAGAGAUGCAUCUCGAAAGGAGGAGACCAUGCUAGAAUGCAAGGAAUGUGUACAAAGUACUCUCGCGGAGGCUGUCCAACGCCACCAGCAGCAGCAACAAGCGAAACAUGUUCUGACGCGGACGAAAUUACUUCGGCGAACUAGGAAACACAAGGAACAUUGUGUUGAAUCACGCCAGAGAAGUUUAUCCGUUGGCAAUGAAAGUUCAUGGAAGAUGCGUGGUGUGCACAUAUCAAAAAAUAUAGCUGCAACAUCAGCGUCAACGGCAUCCACAACAAAUGCAACGGGAGCACCGACUGUUGUCGAUGAGGUAGACGGACAUAAUCCAGGAGGCAGUUCACCGAAUAAUGAAUGCUGGAAUAAUGCAUUGAAACGUAAUGAUUUGAUUGAUAUUAUUCGAGCGAGUAUGGAGAAGAAUCGAUUGUGUUUUCAAGGAAGCGGAAAACCCCAUCAACAAAACGGCGUGAGCCCAGUCCGUCAUCGUCAGCGCUCGCACACGAUAUCGAAAAUUGUCAACGACACGAACGGAGCCGACAUUUAUCAUCAGCAUCAGCCGCAUCAUCAUCAACAGCAACAACAACACCAGCAGCAACAGCAAACAUCUCAUCAUAUUCCCAUUUAUCAUCAGCAAAUGGCCAUCAAUCCAGCCCUGUUAACGCCACAUCCUAAAACGAAUCUCUGUGGCUAUGAUUCCUUUUUGCACGCUACCAUUUGUACACCAUCCACUACAUCCGCAAACAAUUCACCAAAUUCCGUUCUAGUUCCUAAUCAACAACAUGUAGUGUCGUCACCGACCGCAACUGUUCCUCCGGCAACAAAAGCUUUUAUAAAUAACAUGAAGCAGCAGCACCAACGGUCCAAACAGCCAUUGCGAAAUGGGGGCUACCAUAGCCAGCAGAAUUCGCCACAAUUCCAUGGGGCCUAUUUAGUGGAACCACAAAAAUUGAAUAGUAGCCUUUUGAAUGCAUUAAAUCCACAAAUAACGGCCGAACGCAAAUUAAUUCGGACCAUUGACAAUGUAGAGAAAUGGCUAAAUGAGAAAGAACAUCUGAAAUGCACAGCGACAAGCGCGCCGGGCAAAUAUGAUGAGGGUAAACUGCGAAAGGACGAAAAAAAUUAUGAUAAUCUGCUGUACUCGAAGCUGAAUGAGAAAUUUUUGGACGUAUCAACGGCUGCUGUUGUCCCGUCCAAAAAGAUUCUCAACAAUAAUAAUAACAAUAACAAUAAUGGCCAUCAGUCGUCAUCGCAUCAUCACAGUCACAAUAAUGCGAUGAGUAAUAAAGAGAAUGAACGACACCAUCACCAUAACCAUCAUCAUAACCACCCCCAGCGACAUUCAAAGUACAGCAUGAUGGCUGAAAACGGCUCCGUUUCGCCAUCAAAUUCACUAAGUGGUACAACGACUACAAAUACAACCGUAGUGGAUCGUAGUAAAUUUGUUAGUUUGAUUCCAAUCGACGUAGAUCCAAUUGAAUGUGAGAAUCUCAUUCAUCCAACAACUUCCGAUGAGGAUUCAUCACUUCCACCCGCUACACCUACAAAAGACCCGGAAGCCGAGGCAAAACUGAUUAGCGGCAGGAGCAGCCGACCGAGUAAGACUACCUCGAGUGGAGAUGGCGCCGGCAAUGGUGGUGGCAGCAGUAGUAGUAGCGGUGCUAGUAAUAACGGCAAUAAUUCAACUUCUUCGACUGUACACCGAUAUGUCCACGAACAUAUUCAUCAUCAUUAUCAUCACUUCGAGAAUAAGGAUGAUUGAGAGUAGCAACAGACUAGCGAACUGUGCUGCUCAGAUUUGAGCGCCGCAUUCGAGUAAGUGUCUAAAACGAUUGAGCCAGCCAUACUGACGCUUGAGGAUGGGCCGACUAUAAUCGAAGAGUGUCCCGUCUGAAGGUUCUAUUAAAGUAGACGGCAAUGCUACUUAUCCAGCCAGAUACCAAUCAAAUUAGUCUGCAACUUCCACGCAUUCGUCGCUGCCAAUUUCACAAUCCCUAAACAAAGGCAAAUAUUUCUUUUUCAUUAGCCUGAAAAUGUUCUGCAUAACUUCUCCUCAAACUCCGACAUGGCGAAGCAAUAUCAAACGGCAAACGUUGCGUACUUUUCACUUUGCCUGUGUAAUAAGCAAGAGGCAUAACAGAUGUAUACUAUUGUUUAAGAAUGGUCGUUUUUUAAUUGUUAAGCGUAACUAAGAAUGAAUAUUGUAUUAUUAUGUAGCUGUAGGUGUAAUUAAAACAGAACACAGGGCUAUUUUCAUCGAUUUUCGUUUGUUGUUUAGCAAUGUAAUGUUGAAAUGAAAGGGUUUAUUGCGAUUUUAAUUAAAUAGCGAAAUGAAUGACGCAUCGCAAAAGUUAUUAAAUAGAGAGACAGCAAGAUUUACGUAUAUUAAAGGCGCUAGCUAUGCAUAAAUUAAAAGAAGACUAAUGAAACGCAUAAGUCAGGAGACUAAGAAUUAUUUAUUUGUAAUUGUCAAGUUUCUUUCCUUAGUUUAGUCAUGAGAAAUGAAGUAAUUUUGAAGCAUUGUUUUCUAAUGCAUGGGGGGAGUUAAUUUUAAGCCAUACUUACUGAGAUUUUUCACGAGUUGUAAUAUUUUUCGAAUUGAUUUUAUAACAUUAGCGAUUAGUCUUUCAAUCGAUUGCACUUGGUAAUAAUUUAUUGCUGCUAGUUGAUAAGUUUUAAUUAUUUUUAAGAUUCUGUAAAAAUUUCGAUGGUUUUAUAUUGACGAGUGAUACUCGGGUUCUUCUUAUAUUGAUAUUUCAUGUCUAUCAUCUCUCAUUGCCAAAUUUUAAAUCUUGAACAUUUCUUACGUUACUUGCUUAAAUCAAGGAGGAAAAAAAUCCUCCGAAUCCGAGAAACUAAAUGAUUUCUCGAUUCUUUACGUUCGUCAUUGAGUAGACAGGUCAAGUUUAUUAUUUCUCUCGAAUGCGGGGCCCUCAGAAGGCAUCAAUAUGCCGAAGUCAAAGCAAACAAUUGAUGAUAACUCAUUAUUUUGUGCCCUUAGGCUGGAUAUUUAUGAUGCCAAUCUUGCUCCCCACAUUCAUUCCAGUCUCUGUUUGGAUGGCUUCUUUCUUAUCUCAGUUCUCCAGAUGCGGCAUUCUUAAAAAUAGGGACUAACGGUUUCGUCCAGUGCAGAGGCAACUCAUCAGAAUUUGCCUCACCUCUGCCCUGGAAGUAGCGUGACCGUAAGUGACAACAGAUGGAAAACGCUCCUUUAUAUAUUCGUAAAAACAUGCUAUUAUUAAAAUAGCCCGUGAGGACUUAUCACUUGUUCUGUCUUCCGUUUUCUGCUCGUCUUCCUACUUUUUGUCGUCUUCCCGAUCGGUCCGAUAUCAAUUUUCUUGUGAGAUAUAUUUGCUCAUUCUUUCUGGUCUAUCUGAGCUAUCAGAUUUUUUCGUUACCUUUGUUCCGUCCAUCUUUCCUAGGGGUAUUGUUCUUCCAUAGAAACAUUUUAAGAAGCUUUUCGCUGCCAUAGCUUAGGGCAGGUCACAUAGUUGUUUAAAAAUAUAUGAAUUCGUCUUCCUGCGUGACAGGCGCCAAACUGCAAUUGACACGAAAUCGAUGAAUAUUUUGGAAUUAUGAACAUAUCCAUGCAAUGAAUGACAUAAUUUCUACGAUUGAUUUUGCCACCAAGCUGGAAAAUACAAUACAAAUACAGCGACGUGCGCUAACGCCAUCACAUAAGUGGGAACCAAUACCAAUGAAGAUGCGCAGAACGAAACUGCGAUGUUGACUGAAAAGUCCGGUCGAUCCGGCGGCCUAGGCAGUUUCACCUUCUGGGUAUAUUAUUCUUGGAGGCUUUCGGCACAUACAAACAGGUAGCGUCGAAUUUUUUGCUGAGUUUAAGGGGGCUCCUCAUACAUACGAAGAGGGAGAGGUAUUUUUUUCCAGAUAUAGCCAUGUGGGGUGUCAAAUGAAAGGCUGCGAUAAGAGUUUUUUUAGGAACGACUUAAUCGAAAAAGACUCCCCAUUCCUAUUAUUUUCUGAAUUAAAGGUAAUAACGCUAUAUUAGUGAACUUUGUAAAUUUACUGGAACUCCCUUUCUUCUCUAGAAUUCUUGCCAAAAGUACAAAACUGUAAUAAUAUAGGCCAUAAUAUAGGAGCCAAUACUAGAAAAUUUGAUAGAAAUCCUGCUAUUUUUUAUAUAGAAGGUCAAAUUUGCUUCUCUAGAGUAAGUUUACUGUAUCUUAGCAAAUCAUAGAAUGUCAGUGUCAUAUUAAAGUGAAUAACCUGACAUAAAAUGCAUAUACUGCGAGCUACGUACAAACGAAUUCGUUGGACUCAGAAAUAUUGUUACGUAAGAAAUACACAAAACUGUUCAUACCUUAAGCACCGAAUUCCCGGUUUGCAUCAUAUUUGAUUUUGUUGGUGAACGUUUUGAGUAGUAGUUUGCAUAUAAUUUUGUAGUAUUUUGAGGGCAAAAUUUUCUCGUCUUCAUCUUUGUUACAUUCAAAUUUUAUCAGGCCAUUAGAAAAUCAGGAUGGUUUGGUGCUUAAAGCACUAGGCUGUCGCGGUUCAGAUCACUCUGGUGGCGCAGAGAUUAGUAUCGUGACUGGAUGUUGGAUACUACUCGACUCAGCUGUGAAUGAGUACCUGUGUCAAAUCUGGGUUAUAAUCGCGGGCAAACGCAGUGCAAGCCACAUUGUCUCCUAGUGUAGCCUUACGGUCUUGAAUGAAGUGCGCUAAUACAAGUGAAAAAAUAAUUGUCAUUUAUUUUUGCGGGGAAACAAGAGAUUACAAAUAACGAUUUAAGGUUAAUUUUGUCCUUUAAACAGACUUUCAAUCCAUGUUAUUAUAGCUCUAGCUCUUUUUCCAUGCCGAGUUACUUAAAUAACUUUUCGGGACAUUGAAGUCUUUUGUCCUUUUAAUUUCACUGUGUAUUUGUAUAUCAUCGCGGGUUUUCCUCCACUUAACUUGUUCAGAGGCUUAUCAUUUACGAUUAUCCCCACAUGGGCGUAAGUAGAAAAACUGGACCUUGUCACAAAGUGUGCAACUACAUUAAGUUUGUUGGGGGAAGGCACCCCUUUCUCCUCUCCUCUUAACGAGCCUAUCUAUAUAUCUUGGGAGACUAGCCCUAAAUGUGUUCUUUCCAACCUUAGUCUUGCGGAAUAUUUUUGAAUUUCCGACAUCCGUUAUAUUCGUAAAAUUUGCUUACAUGUCUUCUGUACGUCAUUUUGGAAAGCUUAAGAUGUCCACGUUACUUCUACUUAUUACUAUUUUUCUCACUAUUUCAUUUUCAAUAAGACUGCAUCAGUUUUGUUUGGAUGGAAUGGAAAAAUUGAGACACAAACUCAACCAUGGCAUCGGUAUCAAAGAGAGUAAUGAUUAAAAUAACUGGCGGUUGGAUCUAUCUUUGAUCUCUUAGCCUGAACUAUAGUGAAGUUGGCUUUGACUAGUGUUCGGAGUUAAAUCAUGUCUAAAGGCAAAUAUAUUGCCUUCCUUAUAUUUGGUACCGAUAACGCGACAACUGUAACAAGGUUGUCUUGGAUACGUUAUCUCGAUCCACUAAUUAUGUUAGCGACAGAUUUCAACCAACGUGGAUGGGGCUUUUCAAUUGGGUUAUUAAGGUUUUGUGUAAACACAAAAAAAAUCGGUUUACUAUGUCUGUCUGUCCGUCACAUGCAUUUUUCUCGUAGAUGGUUGUGGCGAUUGACACCAAAUUUGGUAGAAAGCGGGGAACUGUGAACACUCACGCAUAUAGUGAGUUACAUUCUUUUACGUCAAAAGAUACUUUAUUUUUCGAAUAGCUGCAAAAUCUAGGAGGUAUUUUCUGUUGUGAUAACUACGGCGGAUUCUUUGCUAAAAAUUCGUAUAUGGAACAAAAUAAAUCAAUUAAAAUUUGCGUACCAAGUGCAUUUGCAAGUUAACGUUUCCUGACCUAUGAAGUACUUUUACACUACAUCGACUUGUUCCUCAGCUUUAUUAUCAUUACUAGCACUACGCAAGGGAUAAACCUGUAAAAGAGGAACAAAUACAAUAUCUGGUUACCAUAAGCUCCCAUAUGGGAUUUGAUAUUGUGCUUCACCCUCACUCUUUCUCUAGUGUUCUGCUUCACGUAGAUCUAGGGCGGAGCACUCUGGAGCAGGUGGGACCUUAAGGAGAUGUCAUCAACGUAAUCGAGGUAUCUGAGGAAUGAUAUGACUUGGUCAGUACAGAAGCCCAGGCAACAUAAAGGUCGUUAUCGAUAAAGAGAAGAAAAAGUAUUGGUGGCAAAAUACUAUCUUGCCGGACUCCGCUUUGGACUUGAAUUUUUUUCUGAGGCUUAACCUCGAUGCAGUACGUGAUAUUUGGCGCUGCCAGAUGUCGCUCUGAUAACAGCUUUUAGUUUUCUAUUUCGGUCCAUAGGGUCCAGAGCGGAUAACAGCCUGCUCUUUAUCGAUCAGUCCUUCGAGAUGCUCCUUAAAAACUUUUGCAGCAACAGAAGCAAAUAUCUAUCUCAUUGUCGCCCUCAAGACGGGUGGUCUUUGGAAUCUCAGCGAUCCCCCCCGCAGUAUUUACGUAUGUGCCGUAGUAAUAGCUUUACAGAUAAUGGAGGGCGGCAACCUUCACUUCGUUUGAGGCUUCGCUUCUGCUCUGGGGAGUAGCAUUUUAUCUGCUACUGCUACGGUCAUCAAGACCAUAUCAUGUCCGAGCAAGAUGUUGUAAGAACUCACCUUUUAGGAAGUUUCUUUUGAACUGCAUGUAGUUGUUCUUAGAAAGCCUACUUCACUUCCAUAUUAGGAAUCUCACAGUCAAGAUUCUACCCGAAAUCAGGUCCUCAGGUUAUGAGAACGCUCCUUAUGGUAGCCGUCAGGGCCACAUGAGAAGGGAGGUACUCUUCAGAGUCCCAACAUCUCACAUCGCUUAGCCCCAGAAGGUCCAGUCUUUAUCCUCGGAAUUCUCGUUGAAGAUGCAGUCAGCGAGCGUUCUGCGGGUUCUUGACACCAUUGUCAACGAGUGUGUUCACAUUCCAUAAACCAAUCGAAAACCGUUUGUAGUUGCCAAAGCUUGUAAUCCUAUUCGAGGCGUUGUUGACGUUUUAGUAGCAAGGAAGUUUUGAAAUUCAGGAGUGAUUAGCCCACAAAUUUCUAUCCCUUUGGGUCAUCUUUUACGACAAACACGGGAUAUUUUGUGUGUAUUUUUAAACCGCAUCUUAAUGGUUUUUUUUACUGUAAUUUGAAUGUAUUUGUUAUGAAUACUAAGCAGCAGGAGCUCUCAGAAAAAAAAAACCUUCAGGCAGCCAGCAAGAUUGUGGUCCAAGCAGAGAAAUUUAAAAAAGUCAUCGGAAGGCAUUGAAGUGGUUUCGAAUGCAAUUCAAAAAUUUUCUCGUCUAAUCUUUCGACUUUAGUCUAUAUUGUCUAUCAUUUGACUCGUCAGUAUCUAGUCGUACACAAUUGGCCCGCUUAUUAGGUGCUGCUUUCUGGUACGUCAUUUAUUAGCUAUUCAGGCUACAACAGAAGCCUUUACACGGGCCAGAACCCCUCUAUGGAAUCGGAAACGGUUUCAUGGCUAUGACUCUGAGAAAUGAAGAGGAACGGUUGAGGGAACUAUACCGGGUGGUCCUACCAGAAAUG